GAGAAAAAAGCCCUCUAUCUGUGAUCUCUCCCUUUCUUUUCCCAUCUGUGUUAACACCUCUCCCUCUCUGUUCUCUUUCUCUCUCGCGUGGAGGCGUCGACCCGCGAAUCCGAAAUCCCCUUGCCCGCCGCCCGAAAUCGGCCGAUAAAUCGCCGAAACCCGCUACCGAUUACCCCCCACCUCCCCUGCCUCCCUCCGCCGAUUCGCCCCCGAGACCAAAAGAAUUUGGAAAAAAGAUUAAAAAUUUGAAAAAAAUUCGAAUAUUUUCUCUCCCUCCCCGUUCCCACUCUCCACCGCCACCCCUCCUUCGGCGCACGGUUGCUAAUCUGCGCGCCGCCGCUUCUUUAUAAACCCCCCUUUGUCCUCGCUUCUCAUCUGUUCUCCGAGUGAGAGUGUUAGGUGCACGUUCGAUACUUUUAUGUGAGAGUGCAAUGGCAUUCUUCAGGAGCUAUGGGAGCAAGAUGGAAUCUGCGCAUGACUUGAAUGAGAAGGCAAGGGAUGGUGGGGCUGAGGAUGCAUCUGGCUCUGUAGGCAAUACAGAUGCAGAUGUGAAUAUAAGCGAUAAGGAUGUUGAUAUAAAGGCAGAAGACACUCACCAGAGUGAAGAGGAGCCGUUUGAUGCUGGUAGACUGCAGAGUGAUACUUCUGGUGGGAAUGCCACUGGGAAGCCUGGAAGAAGAACAGCUCCUGGUUCAUGGGGCUCAAAUUUCUGGAGGGACUGCCAACCAAUGUGGGACUCUAAAGAUGCAGAGGAUGAUGGAAUUAGAGGCGAGGAAGAAUCUGAUGGUAAUUCUUUAGAAGAAUUAGAUGGACAGGGAGAUGGUGGAAGAUCUCGAAGAGGGCAAGUCGAUGUACCUGCAGAUGAAAUGCUAUCAGAUGAUUAUUAUGAGCAGGAUGGCGAGGAGCAGAGUGACUCAUUUCAUUGCAGAGCACUAAGCCAUCAUAGCAACUCUGGUUCGAGAUUGUCACCAAAGGCAUCUUCAACCAGCAAGAACAAGUCAAAGAGUUCAAAGUCUGCAAAUUAUGAUGAAUAUGAUGAUGAUGAGGAUUAUGAGGAAGAAGACGAGGAAGAAGAAGAUGAUCCAGAUGAUGCUGAUUUUGAGCCAGAUUUUAGUGAAACAGAAAAGGGCACCAAAAACAAGGCAAAAUUGUCAGAGAGCGAUGAUUUUGAUGAUGAUGAUGACGACGACGAUGAUGAUGAGGAUCUUGAUCUCUCUGAUGAGGAUGAUUUUAUUGAUCGGCGGCGAAAGGUGCGUCGUAAAGCUGGACGCAUUCUGAAGUCCAAAGAAAUGAAAUCUUCUGUAUAUAGUCGACGGAAAAGAGGCAAAAUUUUCUCAGAUGAGGAAUUUUCAUCAGGAAAAGUUUCAGAAGAUGAUACUGAUGGAGACUUUGAUCAUAAAACAAGGAGAUCAUUGAAGGUGCAUGGAAAAGUUGGAGGUCGAUCAACCAUGUUUGAGAAUGUGAAUUCUCAUAAUAGUGAGCUUCGUACAUCUGGUAGGUCAGUGAAAAAAAUUUCAUAUGCUGAAAGCGAAGAAAGUGAAGAUAAUGAUGAAGAAAGAGCAAACAAGUCCCAGAAGGUUUUGCAGGAGGAUGUUGAAGAAGAUGAUGGUGAUACAAUUGAAAAGGUAGUCUGGCACCAGGCAAAAGGUAUGGCUGAAGAAGCUACAAGGAACAACCAAUCAAUUUUCCCUGUUCUAUUGAGCACCAUGUCGGACUCGGAACUUGAUUGGGAUGAAGUGGAAUUUUAUAUAAAAUGGAAAGGACAGUCAUAUUUACACUGCCAAUGGAAAUCCAUCUCUGAUCUUCAUAAUCUUAGUGGAUUUAAAAAGGUUUCAAACUACAUGAAAAGAGUUUCUGAAGAAAGAAAAUACAAAAAGGCCUUGUCACGUGAGGAGGCUGAGGUUCAUGAUGUAAGCAAGGAAAUGGACUUAGACCUACUUAAACAGUAUAGCCAGGUAGAAAGAAUAUUUGCGGAUAGAAUCAGUAAAGUUGGUGAUGAUGUGGUACCUGAGUAUUUAGUCAAGUGGCAAGGGCUUUCUUAUGCUGAAGCAACCUGGGAGAAGGACACUGAUAUUGCAUUUGCUCAGGAUGCAAUAGAUGAAUACAAGGCUCGUGAGGCUGCCAUGACUGUCCAAGGAAAGAUGGUUGACUUCCAGCGGAAGAAAAGCAAAGCUAGUUUGCGAAAGCUUGAUGAGCAACCUGAAUGGCUGAGGGGAGGUAAACUUCGUGAUUAUCAACUGGAGGGCUUGAAUUUUCUGGUUAACAGCUGGAGGAAUGAUACAAAUGUAAUUUUAGCUGAUGAAAUGGGUCUUGGUAAAACUGUUCAGUCGGUUUCGAUGUUAGGCUUUCUGCAGAAUGCUCAACAAAUUCAUGGGCCUUUUCUUGUUGUUGUACCACUUUCGACAUUAUCAAACUGGGCUAGAGAAUUCAGAAAGUGGCUUCCUGAAAUGAAUAUUGUUGUAUAUGUUGGAAAUCGUGCUAGCAGAGAGAUCUGUCAGCAGUAUGAAUUCUACACAAACAAGAAGGCUGGCAGACAUAUACAAUUCAAUACAUUGUUAACCACAUAUGAAGUGAUAUUGAAGGAUAAAGCUGUGUUAUCGAAGAUUAAGUGGAACUACCUUAUGGUUGAUGAGGCUCAUAGAUUGAAGAACAGUGAAGCAUCACUAUAUACAACCCUUUCGGAAUUCAGCACCAAAAACAAGCUUCUUAUCACUGGCACCCCACUGCAGAACAGUGUUGAGGAGCUAUGGGCCCUUCUACAUUUCCUUGAUGCUGUAAAGUUUAACAGCAAGGAUGAUUUUGUUGAGAAAUACAAGAAUUUAAGUUCUUUCAAUGAAAUGGAGCUUGCUAAUCUUCAUAAGGAAUUGAGGCCACACAUUCUUCGAAGAGUUAUAAAGGAUGUCGAGAAGUCCUUGCCUCCGAAAAUCGAGCGCAUUCUUAGGGUAGAAAUGUCUCCUCUUCAGAAACAGUAUUACAAGUGGAUUUUGGAGCGUAAUUUCCACAAUUUGAAUAAAGGGGUUCGUGGGAAUCAGGUUUCGCUCUUGAAUAUUGUUGUUGAGUUGAAGAAAUGCUGCAAUCAUCCUUUCUUGUUUGAAAGUGCUGAUCAUGGAUAUGGUGGAGAUAACAGCACUAGUGAUAGCAAUAAAGUUGAGCGCAUAGUUUUGAGCAGUGGGAAGUUAGUAAUCCUUGACAAACUACUUAUUAGGCUGCGGGAGACAAAUCACCGUGUUUUAAUAUUCUCUCAGAUGGUUAGGAUGUUGGACAUACUUGCGGAGUAUUUAUCGCUUAGAGGAUUCCAAUUUCAGAGGCUUGAUGGUAGUACAAGGGCUGAUCUGCGCCAGCAGGCCAUGGAACAUUUCAAUGCACCUGGAAGUGAUGAUUUCUGCUUCCUUCUUUCAACACGUGCUGGUGGGCUGGGCAUUAAUCUUGCUACUGCAGAUACUGUUAUAAUAUUUGACUCAGACUGGAAUCCUCAAAAUGACUUGCAGGCAAUGAGUAGAGCACAUCGGAUAGGACAACAAGAAGUUGUCAACAUCUACCGGUUUGUUACUAGCAAAAGUGUGGAGGAGGAUAUCUUGGAGCGUGCUAAGAAAAAGAUGGUUUUAGAUCACCUGGUUAUUCAGAAGCUAAAUGCAGAGGGCAGGCUCGAGAAGAAAGAAACAAAGAAAGGCAGUUCUAUGUUUGACAAGAAUGAACUUUCUGCAAUAUUGAGGUUUGGAGCAGAGGAAUUGUUUAAGGAAGAUAAGAAUGAUGAAGAGAGCAAAAAACAACUUGAAAGUAUGGAUAUUGAUGAAAUUCUGGCGAGAGCUGAGAAAGUUGAAUCUAAGGUUGCUGAUGGGGAGCCAGGAAAUGAACUGUUAAGUGCUUUCAAGGUUGCCAAUUUCUGCAGUGCUGAAGAUGAUGGGACAUUUUGGAGCCGGUUGAUACAACCGGAAGCUGUGGAACAAGCUGAUGAAGCAUUAGCACCACGUGCUGCAAGAAAUACCAGGAGCUAUGCUGAAAAUAACAAAGCUGAGAAAAGUAUGAAGCGAAAAAAGAGGUCUGUCGAGCCUCGAGAAAAAGCUCAGAAGCGUUCGAGCAAAGCUGCAGAUGCUUCAGUGUGUUCAUUGCCAUUGAUUGAGGGAGCAGCUGCUCAAGUAAGAGACUGGUCCUUUGGAAAUCUAUCAAAGAAAGAUGCUUCGCAUUUUGUUCGUGCGGUCAAGAGGUUUGGAAACUCAAGCCAAAUUGACUUAAUUGUGGCUGAGGUUGGUGGUAUUAUUGAAACAACUCCUCCUGAGGCUCAAAUUGAGCUGUUUGAGUUGUUGAUUGAUGGUUGUCAAGAAGCAGUUAGAGGAGGAAAUAUGGACGUUAAGGGAACUCUAUUGGAUUUUUUUGGUGUACCUGUAAAGGCAUAUGAAGUAUUAGAUCGUGUAGAAGAGCUUCAGCUUCUAGCAAAACGCAUUGCACGUUACAAAGAUCCAGUUGCUCAAUUUCGUUUGAUAACGCAACAUAAAAGUCCACAGUGGUCCAAAAGCUGUGGUUGGAAUUCAGUUGAUGAUGCAAGAUUGCUUCUUGGAAUACACUAUCAUGGAUAUGGAAAUUGGGAAAAGAUAAGAUUAGAUCCUAGGCUGGGUCUUACGAGGAAAAUUGCUCCAGCAACUCUUGGGGAAAGGGAAACCUUUUUACCCCGUGCUCCUAACUUAGAUAAUCGGGCUAGUGCUCUUCUAGCAAAGGAAUUUGCUAGUGCUAACAGAAAGGGCUCUAAAGGUUCUCGUAAGAUUGCCAAGACUGAAUUAGAAAAUGUAUCAAGAACAUUAAAUAGUCGACCAAGAAAUGCAACCUCUAAGUUGCCUAAACUGAAUCCUAGAGCAAACAAAGACCGUCUUCAGAGAUGCCAGAAAGUAGAACCCCAGGUCAAAGAAGAAGGUGAAAUAUCAGAGUCUGAGCAAGAAAGGUAUCAGCAGUUUAAGGAGGAAAAGUGGAUGGAAUGGUGUGCAGAUGUCAUGGAGGAGGAAGAGCAAACCUUGAAACGUCUACAAAGGUUGCAGACUACCAGUUUAGAUCUUCCCAAGGAAAAGGUCCUUGCUAGAAUUAGAAAAUACCUCCAGCUUAUUGGAAGAAAGAUUGACAAGAUUGUUCAACAGCAUGAAGUAUCAUAUAAACAAACCCGAAUGACAAUGAGGUUGUGGAAUUAUGUCUCCACUUAUUCCAAUCUGAGUGGUGAAAAGCUAUAUGAGAUCUAUUCAAAGCUUAAAGAGGAGCACGCUGUAGCGGGUGUAGGACUCCCCCAUGUCAAUAGUUCUGCUUCAGGCGCCACUGACAGAGACAUUGAUACAAGUCAAUGCCUCCCGUUCAACAAUAAUUUGCGUAAAAGGCCAAGACCUUACCAGUUUCCAUCCCAACCUUCAGAAGCAUUUCAUAGGAAUCACACCUCAGGAAAGUCAGAAGCAUGGAAACGUCGGAGAAGAACAGACAUGGAUAACCAGCUCCAAACCCAGGCCCCCUAUCAACAGCUCAUAAGCAAUGGGAACCGGAUACCUGAACCGAGCAAUUCUGCCGGGAUUCUUGGUUGCGGCCCAGUAGAGACAAGGCGAUUUGGCAAUGAAAGACCCAGUAGGGCACAUCCUGGCCGUUUUCCCCCAUGACAGGGUCACAGUUCAGAAGUGUAACAGUCCGUCACCAUGAAAGAUGAUGUUUUGUUGUAUGAGAAGGCGAAGCUGCUUUCACCAGGUGUUUGCCACCUUGCUGUUAAAUUUACUCAAAUUUUUUUCUCGAGAAAAUAAAGGUUUGCCGAUCCCAUUUUAUGAUCUUAUUCACCGGCCUGAAACUGCUGUUCCAUGUGGAGAAAAUCUAAUGUGAGAGAGAUUCAUGCAUGGAUUCUUCUGACGAAAGCCAGCUGCUUGCGAGAGGCAAAGAGAAGUCUUCAAAAAUUUUGAUGGGGUGAGUUCGGUAAUCCAUACACCAGCAUGAAUGUUUUAGUAGCUGGUGAAUAUUCAAGAAUGUUUUUUACAUCAACAAAAUUGUGUCCAUACAUGUAUAAUGGAAUAUAUUACUGAACAGAUCCUAUAAGUUAAAAAUUUAGUUGAUUUUUAGUUGAUGACAAUGUUAGCGCUCCAACCAUAUACUGUGAUAAAGUUGUAUAGCCGGUUGACCUUUUCGGUUUACAAGUGUAUCAUUUUGUAGAAUGUUAUCGAUCUGUUGGUCGAACUGAUAUGCCCCCUCUGCUCAAGAAAUGAAGUAUUGUUCAUAA